GACGUCUCUUCCGUUUCUCUUGACAACGGAGAGACGCAGAAAGUAGGCAAAGAGCCGUUGCUUGUUUAGAACAGCAAAUUACCGACAAAAUGGCUGGAACUGAGCACGGAGAUGUUGUGGAAACACUGAAGAGGAUUGAAUCAAAUGAAGAUGUAAUUGGAACAGUUGUUGUUAAUGCAGAAGGAAUUCCAAUCAGAUCAACAUUAGAUAGUUCAACUACAACACGUCGGUAUGCAGAACCUCUUCAACAACUGUCCAUGAUGGCUCGGAGCACAGUGAGGGACCUAGAUCCUCAAAAUGACCUCAGCUUCCUCCGCAUCCGCACCAAAGACAAUGAAAUCCUGGUUGCAAUGGAGGAUGACUUCAUGCUGGUAACCAUCCAGGGACAAAGUAAAUAGCAUUUCAGUGAGACUCAGCCUUUGGUUUGCCAUACAGUGGACUAUGUGUGGCAAAAGAUCCUUCCAUGUUUUGCACAAUCCUUUCUUUUACUCUUGGAUCGCAAGUAUUUCUCCUUAAUCCAUGUGAAGCUUUGCUUGUCUUGUUAAAUAUUCUUUGUUCAUAAUAUGUCUGCUUAACCUAAAACAUGUCUGUAAAACAAAGCUUCCUUCUAUUGUAAAAUAUUUACUAAAUCAUCGAUGUUCAUUCUCUUGAUCUUCAGAUGGAUGCCAAGUUCAGUAGAAAAAUCAGGGGGAAAACAAACAGUAAAUAAACAGAUAAACAUGCAUGUGUCCAAACCUGUAACUGCACAAUUAUCCACCGUGUAAAAUUACUUGGUUCAAUCAACAUGAAAAGAGGUUAUUAUCAUAACUUUAAAAGAAAGACAAUUACUGGGCAACAGCUAACAGAAGCAUGUGAAUGUGAAGGAGCAGGAAAAGUUAAUAAUAUCUUACAGGGUUCCAAUAUUUUCUUAGCACACUCUGGGUCCAUCUUCAAAAGAAGAGUAGUCAAUUGAUCACUUUGUUAUUAGAACUUUGAGAAGUACAGAAAAUGGCAACAGUUGAUAUUGUUUGGUAAUUUAAUCCAUCUUUAAGCCUAACGUUUCAUAUCGUAUGCUAUUGUAUCUUAAACAUUGAAGGUUCUAUGCAUUGGAGAUGCGCCCCUUGGGACAAUUAGGGCUGAUAUUGAUACAGAUGUGUAAAAUAACAAUUCCACUAAUUGCCCGAAAAACUUCAGUAUUUAUGCCUCAACCUCAUUGAGAUCAAUAAUCUCAUUUACAAGAGUGUCCUGGCCAAGACAGGCAGCAGCACAAUUAACAGAGUUACAGACACAAAAUACAACCAUUGAAAAAAACAAAGAUCAAACAAAUCCUGAGUCACAGAGAUCAAAUUCAUUGGUCAAAACAUCCACAACUUGAAGCAUCAUCCUCCAAUUCCCUCAAUCUACUUUUAAAAAGAUUUAAAGAGACCA